GUGACACUUGUGGAGCUGGGACUGUUCUGCAGAUGCCGUGGAAUCUUUCACAGAAGCCAGGGACUGUUUCACAGAUUGCACGUGUGACACGUGUGAAGCAGGGACUGUUUUACGGAUUCCAAGAACUGUUCUACGAGAGUCAAGAUCAACAGGGACUGUUCUAUGGAUUCCAAGAACUGUUCUACGGGAGUCAAGAUCAACAGGGACUGUUCUAUGGAUUCCAAGAACUGUUCUACGGAUGUCAAGAUCAACAGGGACUGUUCUAUGGAUUCCAAGAACUGUUCUACGGAUGUCAAGAUCAACAGGGACUGUUCUAUGGAUUCUGAGAACUGUUCUACGGAUGUCAAGAUCAACAGGGACUGUUCUAUGGAUUCUGAGGACUGUUCUAUGGAAGUCAAGGACGGUUUUGCAGAUCACACAUGUGACACGUGUGAAGCAGGGACUGUUGAGGUGACUGUGAUUUCGGCUCACUCACACACAUCACAGACUGUACGCGUGCGACGCGUGUCGCACGUGUGACUGUGUGAGCGACUAAUAUGUUGUGUUGUUUAUUGAUUUUUCGAAACAAAUCCACUUCUCGUUGCCAAAUUCAAUGUUAAUUCGUUAAGUCCUAGUCCUCGAAUUAAUGAUAUUAUAUAGUUCGAUUUAUCAUUAUUUUCAUCCUCAUAAUAUCAUCUCCCAUUGAACGACUGUCGUGUUUUCAGUAUGGGUUGAGUUGCAGGAGUGGUUGACGAGGUUUGUUGGGUGAAUUAUUGAAAACAAAUAUUUCAGAUUUUUUUGUAUAGUACCUACUAGUUAACAACUAACAACCUAUUCUAUUUUGACUUAAAUUGAUAAAAAUAUCAUUUGUGGAGGUAAAACUCCAUUCUACAAGGUCAAGUCUUCUACAUUGGUCAAGGAUCAAUUUAAAGGUUAUUUUUCACAUAGAAGGAUUUUCACAGAGAAAUUUAAUCAUUGAAAAAUUAUAUUUCGGAUAACUCACAUGAAUUAUUAUUAGAAACAAACUGAAACUUGACAACCUACUGGAUUCCAAGAUAAGGUAUCCAGUACUUUUUAUUUAUAUUGACAAACAAAGCUUUAAUUGAUGUUUAAGUUCAUCAAGGAUUAUAACUUUCAAAACAGUCAAUUCUUUUCAACAAUCUGUGAUACAAUGUAAUUCAUCACUCAAUUGAAUUAAUACAAUUAGGAAUGUUGAUCAUGAAAUUUAUUUAUGAUUAUUCAAUGCUCCUUUGCUGAACUCAAUCUUGGUCUUGAUUAUUGGAGCAUUAUAAAAUCUAUUCAAUUGUAAAUCCAUAUAUAUGAUCUUGAAAGAGUAGGUGCUAGUUGCACAAAAAUAGCAAUAGCAACAAUGAUUAAUUCCGCGAGAACCAAUCAGAGAAGCCGUCUGUCUUUUCAAAACGCCUUCUCUGAUUGGUUCUCAUGAAAUUAAUCACAAUUGAAAUUCAACCGGCUUUUGUGCAACCGGGCCCAAAUAUUAUAAAUGUUCUCAUGAUAUUACCUUCCAUCAUCUGUAGCUCAUAGGAGAUAUAAUUUAGCUGAAAAAAAGGGCGAUAAAUUAUUAUUUGUGUAGACAUUUUUCAUAGUCGAAUCUGUAAUUCUAUAUCCAAAAUGUUUUUACUUCUUUCAAAAACUUGAUAUCCCGGAGAUAUUACCAGGUCUCAUCAGAGAAAAAAUAAUAUUUUAAUGUCAUUCUUGUGGUCGAAUCUGUAUUCAAAUAUUAUAAUUUCUAAUUUAUUGUUAUAAAAACUUAAUAUCCUGGAGAUAUUACUAGGUCUUUUCGAAGAGAUUAUAAUAUUCUGUUGUCAUUUUCAUAGUCGAAUCAGUACUCAAAUGAUAUAUUAUCUUUUAUUGUUCAAAAUACUUGAUAUCCUGGAGAUUUUACUAGGUCUAAUCAAUAAAAUACAAUUCUAUCUAUUUUUAGUUCUUCUACUUGUUUCAAUUAUUUGGUAUCCCAGAGAUAUAAGUAGGUCUAAUCAAAUAGAAUACAAUAAUCUCUAUUUGUAGUUUCUAUUUCUCUAUAUUCUAAUAAAGUUCAAAUUCUAAUGAAGAUAUCAUGUUUAUUUUGUAUUCUUAUUCUAUUUUCAAAGGGUACUAUAAUUCUAUUCUAUAAAUACAAGAAAGUAGCCCUAAAAUUCAUACAUUUAAAGAAGUUUAUUCACUCUCAACAAAAAUCGAAAACCACUCCAUAACAGUCUGCCAACAUCUUGAGAGCAAACGAACGAAGGAAAUUCGGAAGCUCCACAGAAUCGUGAAAACGUCAUAGAUGGAAAACCCCAAGGAAAAUUGGAAAAUUGUGCGCGUGUUAUCAUCUUCAUUGUUGAGGAAGUCGGCCCGUGUCAACUUGCUACCGUUUAGUGAAAUAUUGUAUAGUUUGAAAUAGAGGUAAAAGACUUUUGGGUCAUGAGAAUCCAAGUAAAAAAAUUAUAUUAUGUAAUAGAACGAUCAUGUAAGGAAGUGCAGCCUUAAAAAACAAAAACACUAGUAUAACGAAAAGUAUCACAGUUGUUGGCACAAAGUGAAAGAAAUUAAAGUAAGAAAGAGAAAAUAAAAUUUCUUCAACUUUGUGUUGGUGGAUAGCUGUUGAGUGCUUGAAAAUACGAAUUGUGAUAAGUUCCAUCUGGAGUGAAUGUUUUUGAAUGUAUGCUAGGAAAUAGUAAUGUUGGAGGUUGACGUGAACCCAGGAUGGGAAAAUUGAUGAAAAUCCGGGAAAUUUUUUUCCCGGAAAAUGAAUUUUGUGAUCGCUAGUUGUUGAAAUAAUUACAUCUAGCCCAGCCACCCUCAAUUUUGAGAGUGUUAAUAGAAUGCCUAACAUCAAAUUUUGUCUGUUGUCUGUUGGACAUUUAAUUAUUGAAUUUAUUGAUCGUUCGGUUAUCCAAUUGUUAUUGAAUGUGAAAUGUGUCAUUUUAAUCAUCCCCUUUCAAAGAGAAUAACAUUAAUACAACGAUUUAGCUCGAAUUACUAUAAUAUACAGGAAUAUAUUUUAGUAAUAACUUCUCUGUGUGUUUUAUACUAAUCCCCCCCCUCAAGAAUGUCUGUCCCUUCCAUUCCAAAUCGUGGAUAAAAUAAUGUUUCGAUAGAAAAAUACAAAAUAAUUGUGAUUGAAGUAUUGCUAUAUUUAGCUUACAUUUCUUUCGAUAUUUUUCUUCAUUAAUUGUCUUUUAUUAUCGAUAUAAUAAUAAUUGUUAACGCUGCAUUCCUAUAUUUUUAAUCGAUACAACUUUUUGAUGAAAUAGUUCGGAUUACUUUGAAUGUCUCUAUCAUCAUCGUCGUAAUCAUUGUCAUCAUUUUAACUACUUGUAUUUUGAAAUUAUCGAAAUGGUUAUAGAUAAUAAGUAAUGAGUGAAUGUGUGUGUGAGAGAGAGAGAGUGAUUGCUGUUGGAAUCGAGAGAAAUCAGAUUGAAACAUUAAAAUAAUGAAACGCUAUAAUGAAACUAUUAAUUAGCUCUGAUAUUUUAGAAUUUGUAAGUUUUGUACAAAAACUUAGAGUAAAAUGAGUCUGUCUGUGUAAAUUAAUUAUUGAAAAGCUGAUUAAUUCAAAAAGUGAAAAUGAAAAAGUAGAUAACUUUGAGAAUUUCGUGAACGAAACAAACGUUAUUAAUUCAAAUUUUGAGGGAGAUUGUCUUAGGAAUUUGUAAAUUUUGUGAAGGUAUAUGAAUUAUAGUUGAAUUGAGUAAUGCUUUGAAUGUUUGAGAGUAAAAUAAUAGGGAAGAAAUUUUAUAUUGAUGAUGAAUUAGUGUCUAGUGGGAGAAUUUGAUUGAAAUUUUGCAUGGAUGUGACAUCGAUUGCUUUAUUGUCUCUGUAUGUUCAAAAUGCGAGGUUCCAGCAUUCUCACCACAUUCUGUGGAAUUCCAAUAUAUUUUAGAGGUUUGCUUUUCAAAAUAAUUUUCGAUAAUUUGAAUAAUUGAUCUUGGUGUUAAGACAUUGAUCAGUUCCGUCAUUAACUACGGAACGGUUAUUAGAUUUAUCUAGCUUUUCAUUAUUACCUCUACCAGUUAUUUUUAUCUUUGGCACUGUAGUAUUCACUGUGGCCAUUCUGAAUAUCGUACAUCUCUGCAUAAUUAUCGAAAAUACUGUUUUUUGUCAUACUUUGUGCCAUGUAAUGGAGACUUGAGAACGUACCACUUAGCUUAAGUGUAUUUUUUGUAUCGCUUUUUGGUGUCGGGUUGAGGAAUCUUGAAUCAACUCUAUCGUAGAAAUUAAUUAUUUUUCACAAAUAUUGUUACUUUCUUGGAAGCAAUCAUACUUAGAUUUAGAUUUUAUGACUUUUGUUUAUGUAAAGAUCGAAUAUUUAGUAGCAUAGAUACAAAUUAUAAUCUAUCAUGGAAAACAUGUUUUUUUUCAUAAAUAAUAUUGUAGUUUCAUUGGAAGCAAUCAAUCUUAGAAUUAGAUUCUAUGACUUUUGUUCAAUUUAAGAUCGAAUAUUUUUAGUUGACUAGAUAAAAAUUAUGAUUGUUAAAUUGUAUUUAUUUGAAUAAAUACAUCAGAUGAUUUAUGUCAGUUCUUAUCUCUCAUCCAAUUUAUCUCGAGUGUAUUUCUCUUCAAUUAAAUCUCUCUUUUGUGAAUGAAAAAUGUACACCCCUUAUUGUUCAGGGUUAUGUGUAUUUACAGUACCCUUUUUAAAUUUUUACAACUUUCAUUUUCAAGUGGAAAUAGAAUAUAAAAAUGAAGUAUUUUAAUCAUUGAGGUUAUAAAAUCAAUUCGAAAAAUGAUGAGAUUAUCAAGUAAAAAGGUAAAAGGCAUCAAUCAUAUGAAUAAUUCAGGAUUGAAAGGUGUAAAUUUCGAGUUUUU